GAGCUGGGUUCGUCGAGAUCUAAAAGAUCGGCACAUGUUUUACUGCCAUCUGUGCAAGCAGAGUUACCAGCUUGAAAAGAUGGGCGUCAAAGCGCUGGAGUCGCACCGAAAAAACAGGAGACACGCUGAUUUGGCGAAGACUCUCUCAUCUUCCGUUGGCAUGCUAUUUGCCCAGGCCAUCUCAGUUCUCCAGAAACAGUGCCGCACAAUCAAAAAUGUCGAGAUGCUUUACAGUGAAAAAACACCACUCAGCCAUGACCUCAUACUGGACUUGACUCAGGAUGGCAUUAAACUGCUGUUUGAUGCCACCAAUCAGAGACUCAAGAUCCAGAAGAUUACAAGUUGUAGUCCUGGCGUGAUGGGUGAUUCCAAAGUGAAGUUCUUGGAAAGAAAGAUCUACUUUGGUGACUCCUGUCAGGAGGUGCUUGGUGCGCUGGGCUCACCACAUAAAAUAUUCUACAAGUCUGAGGACAAGGUGUGAAAACUCAAUUUCUUCUCUCCUCCUGAUUGUUAUCUUUCAAAGAGUGAACCGUUGUCUCUUUCAACAUUUAUCCACAAUUUGGAUUUCCUUUUUAUGCUGGAUAUCCUUUUUGACUCGACAACUCAUCUGGAGAAGUUUGUCCUCCAUACCAAUUACCCUGGACAUUAUAACUUCAACAUAUAUCAUCAGUGUGACCUUAAGAUUCCACUUGUCAUAAAAAAAGGUUGGGGCUGACCUCAGACAGAUGACAGCAUAUUGACCCCUUAUAGCAAGUGUGAUCAGAUUCAGGAACUGCUGGGCCACCCAAUGGAAAAACCCGUGGUGCUUCAUAGGUCUUUAUCUGCCAAUAACACCAACUCCUUUGGCUCUACUUUUUGCUUUGGACUGCAGAGGAUGAUUUUUGAGGUGGUCAGUCAGUGCUGAAGCAAUCCCCAAACUUGUUGGUC